AUGGGUUCUGUUGCCAACUACCGUGACCCGCUCGCCGACCGCCUCGGCCGUCUUGGUACUGAAACUGCUUAUGCCGUCGCCCUUGAGGCUGGCAAGAUCAAGGCCUCGGGCAGGAAGGUCUAUCCCUUCCACAUCGGUGACCUGAACUUCCCCACCCCGACUGUCGUCAAGGAGGCUUGCAAGAACGCCAUUGAUGACGGCUUCACCGGCUACUGCCCCGCCGCAGGUAUUCCAUCUCUCCGUAAGUCCCUUGCCGACCACUACAACGAUGUCUUCGGACUCAGCUAUCUCGCCGAGAAUGUCUCGGUCCAGAGUGGUGGCAAACCCGGAAUUGGAAAGUUCAUCAUGUGCGUCUGCAAUGAAGGCGAUGAGGUUCUCUUCCCAUCCCCGGGGUACCCUAUUUAUGAAUCCAUGGCUAAGUUUUUGAAUACUAAGCCUGUCCCGUAUCUGUACAAGGAGACCGCUGAUGGAAGCUUCUCUCUCGACGUCCAGGAACUGCGUACUAAGAUCACUCCUAGGACCAAGGCUAUCUUCGUAAACAACUUCCAGAACCCCAUGGGCGUCGCCCACACCAGGGCCGAGCUCGAGGCUAUCGCUGACCUCUGCGUCGAGAAGGACCUCUAUUGCUUCUCCGAUGAUCCUUACUAUCAGAUCACAUUCUCCGACUUCAACAGGGAUGACUUCAUUCAUAUCGCUUCUCUCCCGGGUAUGUUUGACCGCACACUUUGUGGCUAUACCUUCUCCAAGAGUUUCGCCAUGACUGGAUGGCGCCUGGGUGGUGUCGUCGGACCAAGAUGGCUCAUCGACAUGGUCACUAAGAUUAACACCAACGAUGAGGCUUGCACCACUCACUUCGUACAGGUGGCUGGUGUGACUGCCCUCGAGCAUCCGGAAGCGAAGAAAUUCACCGUGGACAUGGUGAACGAGCUCGAGGUCCGAAGGGAUGUACUCGCGGAAGAGCUCAACAGUAUCCCUGGCUUCCAUGCAAUCAUUCCGAAGGCCACGUUCUACAUGAUGGCGAAUGUUACCAAAGCGAUGAAGGCCAUGAACAUCAGCCACAUUGAGACGUUCAGAAGCAAGGUCCUGCGAGAAACUGGUGUGUCUUUCUGCACUCGUGCUCAUUUCGGAACUCCUACAGUUGGAGAAUCGAAGCAGUACGUGCGCUUCGCCUUCUCUGGUGUCACUGUUGAUCAGAUUAAGGCCGUUGGAGAAGUGCUGCGACCGUACAUGCAGCAAUUCUGCUGACCUGCUGCAGAAUGGGGGAGUGUUUGACAUUCUUCGAAUAAUAGUUUUUAGAUACGGGGGGGUGUGGGGUAUGAUGGUACUGGGACUUCAUUGUAUCCUUGUCUCUCUUCAAAUGGAUCCGUUUCGCUAUAUGACCGUUGUCCCGUCUGCAACAUGAGAUGUUCGACACUAUAUGUUCCGGGUGCAGUUUCGGUAGUUGCGAUAUGUACACUAGGCUCUCAAAAGGAUAAAGGGUUGGGAAAAAGGGUUGAAAAUACCAGAGCUGUCCGAGAGCAACUGCACUUUCCCGAGUCUUCUAUUUGAGCACAGCGAACACUAGCUUCACAGUAGAGACGAAGUCCAUACACGAAAGCGAGCCAAUUUUGGAACGCCUGUUGUACCGUCAGCAAUCGGUAUACUUGGGAAGCCUUCUGACCUUGAGACCCAUCGAGCAGUUCCAAGCUUGCCUGGUACAGUGCCAAUACAGUUCAGUCCAAUCCGCCGUAUUAAUUUUAACGUUUUAACAAAUUUUAGAAAACAGCUGGCAGCAUCACAGCUUUGCAUUU